AUGAGAUUUUGGUUACUUUGCGUGUUCGCGCUGACGGUGGUGGUGUCAUGCUCUGCGCAGCAACAGUUCAUUAACCGCUAUGACAACUUCAACGCGGACUCCAUUAUACAAAACGAAAGGAUCUUACUCGCCUAUUACAAGUGUGUAAUGGAAAAGGGACCUUGCACAAAGGAUGGCAAGAACUUUAAACGUGUAUUACCAGAAACAAUAUCAACGGCAUGCGGAAGAUGCUCACCUAAACAGAAAGAUGUAGUUCGCAAGUUAUUACUUGGAAUUAGAGCAAAAAGUGAACCGCGAUUCUUCGAGCUUCUCGAUAAAUAUGAUCCAAGCCGAUUGAAUAGAGAAGCCUUAUAUACUUUCCUAGUAACUGGAAAUUAG